UACGACCUCGUCCCUACGGACCUUGAACUUUGACCUCUGAAUUUUUGCCUACGGCCGUUUGACCUCUAUUCUGCCUGGUCAUUGUGACACCGGGUCAAACCUGUAACCCUAUACCCGCCAAGGGAACAAAAGCCCAACUAACAUAGGUGCUCUAAAGCCAAGUCGUGCCGAGUUAGAAUUAAGGGCUUUUUCGUGAACGAACCGAGCAAAAUGCCGAGCUACAAGCUGACGUAUUUCAAGGGGAAGGGCCGGGCUGAGUUGGCGCGGCUGCUGUUCGCCGCCGGCGGGAUAGAGUACGAAGACGUGCGGGUUGAAGGGGAGCAGUGGGCCGAGCUCAAGCCGAAAACUCCCAUGGGUCAACUGCCUAUCCUAGAAGUGGACGGAACCAUGAUCUGUCAGGGGAAGGCCAUCGGGAGGCUGAUCGCCAAAGAAGCCGGUAUGGCAGGGAAGACCCACCUGAACCAGGCCCGGGCAGACAUGAUCUGUGACGGGCUGGAUGACCUUGGGAUGAAGUUGAUGCCUCUCUUCACGGAAAAAGACGAAAAUAAGAAGGAAGAAAUGAAGAAGGAGAUGACAGAAAAAACCCUGCCGUCGUUCUUUGACCUGUUUGAAAAGCUGGCGAGCGCGGAGGGAUAUUUCGUGGGGGACUCGUUAACCUGGGCUGACGUCAAUUUCUUCGCCUUCCUCGGCGUCAUUUCCGGUUUCAACCAGGGGGACCAUCUCCAAGGUUACGUCAACCUGAACAAAGUCAUGGGGAACGUCUCAUCCAAUCCGGGCAUCGCCAAAUGGCUGAAGGAGAGGCCGGUCACGCAGUUUUAAAACCUCACACGUAUGCGGUCAUCAAGCAGAUGCUUUGAGCCGAGAUUGUAUCUGACCUCUUUUCUGGCACGCAAAUAAUUGAGCGCCCAGAUCAUAUAGAGUGUGUGGCGAGUUUCAAAACAUUACUAUAUUUUUUUCUGACAUCUGUUUGAAGUUAACAACAGUCAUAGUCAUAGGU